CAAACUACAUAGGAUUGGAAGGCUCUUUUUACAAAACAUAUGCACAAGUUUUCCCAAUUAAAAAUUAUGAAUAUUUUAUUAAUUGCAAAACUUUGCGUCUGCCAAUAUUACUUUGAUCUGACUGAGUCUGGUUUUUGGCCGUAUGAUUUGAACAGCGCUUUCGCACGCUAGUUGUGGCCAUUCUUCUCAUACAGUACUGCAGACUGGGAAAAGGUAGACACUGAGCGUGCGCAGCGCUGAAACGUACGUAUGUGUGGUUCGCUAGCUAGCUGCGAAGUUUCAGGAUUUGUCUUACAUUAACGCAUCCUUUCUUUACCAAUUCAGGCUGUAGAGAAAGACGAGCAGAGACGGGUGGCAGAAGCUGAUUUCCAGUUGCAGUCAACAAUAAGAUGUCUUCUCCACUGUACUACAAUCAAGACAGUGUGACUCGCUUCAAGAAGAGAAAAGCUCGCUUCACCUUCAGUGAGGUCCACAUCCUCUUGGAUGAAGUGAGGAAGAAUCGUCAUGUCGUCGUUGGCAAGUUUAACCGCGGCGUGCCGACAGACAUAAAGAAGCACACGUGGGCGGAGAUCACGGCCCGCGUGAACGAGAUCGGCGACUGCCAGCGCGAGGUCAUCGAGGUCAUCAAGAAAUGGUCCGACCUCAAGUGCGACACCAAACGCAAGGUGGCCGCCAUGCGGUCCGGCGUCGGAAGCCAAAAGAGUUUAAACGCUCGCGGGCUGCGCGAACUGACCCCCACGGAGAGCAUCGUGCACCAGAUCCUGGAGAUGGACGCCAAGCGGGACGCGGGCGAGCCGUCCUACGAUCACCUGAGGCUGCUGGGAGACAACGGCGAGGGGAUGGAAGAGGAAGAGGAGGAUGACGAGGACAUGGUCGGAAUGCGCCGGUCCCCGAACGGAGGGAUGGACAUGGCCUCGAUGCCACCCCUGCAUUCCAUGGGGGUCCCAAUGCUCGGUUCCAUGCCUGGAUUGAUGCCCCCGCUCCCUUCUCAUAACACAGAUCAGAUGAUGGCCAGUUACAGUGGCUCUUCACGCGACGCAUCGCAGCCCUCUUACGAAAUGCAGUACGAGAUUCCUCCGAUGGAAGACACCGACGGCCCUUUCGUGGACUCCGACGACGACCUCCUCCCCUCCGCCAACCUGUCGUCCACCCUCCCCGAGGACCGCCCGGGGAACACCAGCACCCACAAGGACCCCAGCAGCAGCGCCACCAAACCAACCCCCUCCUCCGCACCCCCUCCCCUUCCUUCCCCCCUCGCAGCUCAACCCCCCCAGAGCUCGCGGGACAGCCUACUUCAGAACGCCACCCUCAGCGUCCAGGAGCAGCACGCCACCAACGUCCUCCUGGAGACGGUGUCUCGCUCCCUGGAGCUGCUGUCCGAGUCGGUGCAGCAGCUGGCCGAGACGCAGCAGGAGUUUGUGCGCGACUCCCUGCAGCUCCAGAGGGAGACCGUCCAGGUGCUCAGAGACUUCACCAGCGGCGCCCUGGCACUCAUGCACGACAAACUCAACGGGCGCCCGGCGCUAUAGCAACCGAGAGGCAACAACCCCCCCUCCCCCUCCUUCCAAUAACUAAAUCUUGCCACGGUUGGGGGAGGGACUUUGAUUUGAUUGGUUGAUCCUUCCGGGGAGGUUCUUUUCCACUCCAGGAUUGUCCAGUGCUGCGAGAUUAUGCUACUGUACUUCCAAGAUGUUUGCCUGAUAGAAUGACUGUUUAAUACACAAAAUAAUUUGAUAGGUAAUAUAUGUCUUUUGCCCUAAAAGAAUCAAGCUUGUUUAGUUAAAUCAAGUGUAAGGUUUGAUAGAGCUGCAACCAAUUUUCUUACAUACAGAAAUGGAUCAUGUUUUCUCAAGCUGUGCUUACAUUUGAAAGCUUCAAGACAAAUUCUACUGGGUUUUAGUGACCAAAUAAAAUGUUUGCAUCAGGCCUUUACAGUUUUGAUAUUUUACCCUGGUCUACCAUUACUGUAUUAUAUAGUAUGCUACAUGUGAGAAAAGGCAGAUUGUUUUAGUUUUGAUUCACUUUAUGGGAACUUGCAACCACAGCUGAGAACUGUACAUUGACGUCUAUGGAGUGACCCAUGUUCUUGACUUAAACACUGUAAAUUACUGUUCCCUCUGUUGUAGUCCCUGUAUUAGAACAGUAUAUUCACAUUUGUUUUCCUAAACUUUAAUAGGUUAUUGAACAAUGGAAUAUAAACCAAACAUUUCACAGAAAGUGUGUGAGGGUGUUCUUUGAACUUGUUUAACACAAAGUUGUUGUUUUUUUGUCAUGCAACCACAAAACAUUGUUCAUAUGAACCUAAAGUCAAGCUUGGAACACCCCCUCAAAACUGUCCCCUGGAGCGACCUCUCAACCCUGGUCCUCGUGACCCCCUGCCCUGCAUCUUUUAGAUCAGGGGUUCCCAAU